CACCUAAAGUCCAACGCGGAAGUAAACAGUAGACUCCGACCAAGUUGGAUCAACCGUUCGGGUUGCGGAUUAUUUUCUUAUGUGAAACGUAUUUAUGUCCGUUUUGACCAUGUAUCCAGUUCAAACUAUGCGCAAGUUUGUCUGCGAUCGCCUGACUGCGGCAGCUCAGGAGAUCCUGGGAGCGUUUGAGAAGAGAGUAGAAGAUUAUGAAGCGGAGCUCGCUCGGCAGCGCAGGAUGUUGGACAUGGCGUUUUCCCCAGAGAUAAAGUUACAGAGGGCAGAGAUGAAGGCUCUUCUAAAUCAGCAGCAGCACGGCAAUAAUUACGACGUAUCCAGAUUUCUACCAGAUACUGUGCAGAUUAAAGAUGAGCAUGAAGAAAUGAGCAUCAGCCAAGAAAGACCGCAGCCAUUGCAGCAUCCACAACGGCUGCAGCCUUUGCAGCAACAAGGACGGCCGCAGCCAUUGCAGCAUCAGGGACGGCCGCAGUCUUUACAGCAACAAGGACGGCCGCAGCCUUUGCAGCAACAAGGACGGCCGCAGCGUUUGCAGCAACAUGGACGGCCGCAGCCUUUGCAGCAUCAAGAACUGCCGCAGCCUUUGCAGCAACUAGAACGGCCACAGCCUUUGCAGCAGCUAGAACGGCCGCAGCCUUUGCAGCAACUAGAACGGCCGCUGCCUUUGCAGCAACUAGAACGGCCGCUGCCUUUGCAAGCACCAUCUCUAACCUUCUCACCGUACUCAAGCCAUCUCGCUAUUCAGAAGCUGCCAGCAUGUCGAAGAGUUGUGGAAGCUUUUGAGCGCGUCUAUGACCGCUACAGGUCACAGACCGGUGCAGCUGAACCACUGGUGGAGAAGGAGUGUAUCCUGCGGGAUUUCCUCCCACUGAAGUGA